ACUUAGUUACCAGGUCAUAAAAUCCAUUAAAAAAAGUGAUUUGAAAUUUUAAAUUAAAAUUACGAAGGAAUUAGGUAGGUACACAUGUACCUAUUGCAAUUUGUAAAUUUGUAAAAUAACAUUGAAUUUGUGUCGGAUACCUUUUUAUUACUAAAGUGAUAAACAAAAUGACUGAUCGCGACGAUGAUGAUUGGAUUGAGAAUGAAGAGGUAGUCGUACAGACACCGGCAUCAAAUGUACCUACACACAAUACAAGGGUUUACCGACCAACGGCUAGUCGUGGAAAUCGCGGCCGUAAUACCGAUUACAAUUGGAGGUCUCGUGGUACAAACGAAGGCCAAAGUGGACGUUUUGACGAUAGACGUUCUGGCUCUCGCCAAGAGGGUAGCAAAAAAGUUAUUACCAUACCUACCGAUAAAGUAGGUAGGGUAAUAGGUAAAGGUGGUUCAAAAAUACGAGAUCUGCAAGAUGAAUCUAAAGCAAAGAUAAAGAUAGGCGAUUCCAGUGGUAAUGAAACGGAUGUAACCCUCUUCGGCACUGACGAAGCUAUCGGUAAAGCUGAAACCAUGGUGAAUAACUUAAUGGAAGACUACAAACCUGCUCCGAGGAAAGAAUAUGAAGAAGUGGAAACAAGUAACUCACAAGAUUUUUUUAAGAAAAAUGAUGGUGGUGUCCAAGUAAUUGACUGGGAUAAACUCAAUGCCUUUUAUGAUGAACAACAAAACAACAGAUGGGAUAAGCUGCCGCCAAUUAUCAAAGAUUUUUACAAUGAAGAUCCAUUGGUUAAGAAUAUGUCCAAAGCAGAAGUGGCUCAUUGGCGUCAAGUCAAUAAUGACAUACAAGUAAAAAGAACAUUUGAUGAAAAACCAGGCUUAAAACCCAUACCAAAUCCUGUUCAAACAUUUGAACAAGCCUUUCAGCAUUAUCCAGAAAUUUUAGAUGAAAUUUACAAGCAGGGAUUCAAACAGCCAUCACCAAUACAAUGCCAGGCAUGGCCAAUACUUCUUCGUGGUGAUGAUAUGAUAGGUAUUGCACAGACAGGGACUGGUAAAACAUUGGCUUUCUUAUUACCUGCACUAAUCCACAUAGAAGGACAAACUAUACCUCGAGAUCAGAGGGAAGGCCCUACAGUACUCAUCAUGGCACCUACACGGGAGCUGGCACUUCAAAUAGACAAAGAGGUAGCAAAGUAUCAGUAUAAAGGAAUUAAAUCAGUAUGCUUAUAUGGUGGAGGUGACCGUAAAGAACAGAUUAAAGUUGUUGCCAAGGGAGUUGAUAUAGUGAUAGCUACUCCAGGCAGACUCAAUGAUUUGGUAAUGGCCAGGCAUUUGAAUAUCAUAAAUUUCUCAUAUAUUGUUUUAGACGAGGCAGAUAGGAUGUUAGACAUGGGUUUUGAGCCUCAAAUCAGGAAAUCACUAUUUGAUGUAAGACCUGAUCGUCAAACAGUAAUGACAUCCGCAACAUGGCCUACUGGAGUACGGCGCCUUGCUGAAUCUUACAUGAAAGAUCCCAUCCAAGUUAAUGUUGGAUCAUUGGAUUUAGCAGCAGUGCACACUGUCACACAACAAAUUAUGUUUGUAGAAGAAGAUGACAAAGAAGCAGCUCUGUUUGACUUUUUGUAUAAUAUGGAACCUACUGACAAGGUCAUCAUAUUUUGUGGCAAGAAAGCAGUUGCUACCCACAUUACUACUGAAUUAUGCCUUAAAGGUAUACAAUGCCAAUCUUUACAUGGCGAUAGGGAUCAAAGUGAUCGUGAGGCAGCUUUGGAAGACAUGCUAGAUGGGACAGUCAACAUUUUGAUUGCCACUGAUGUUGCAUCUCGAGGAAUUGAUAUAAAAGAUUUGACACAUGUCGUGAAUUUUGAUUUUCCAAGGCAUAUUGAAGAAUACGUACACAGGGUGGGGAGAACAGGACGUGCAGGAAAAACAGGAAUAGCUCUUUCUUUUGUUUCAAGAAACGAUUGGGCUCAUGCAGCUGAGCUCAUAAAGAUACUUGAAGAAGCAAAUCAAGAAGUUCCUCAAGAGUUAGAGGAAAUGGCGCAAAGAUUUCAAGCUAUGAAGAUUAGAAGAGAGCAAGAGCCUGGUAGGGGGGGAGGACGUGGAGGUGGAAGAGGGGGUAGAGGGAGAGGCAGAUGGUAAUUAAUAAAAGAACCAUCGAUUCAGUAAGAUAUGUCUGUAAUAAUAAUGCAAGACUACUUAAAUUAAUAAAGUACAACUCAAAACUAAUUGAACUUUACCAACAUAGUAUUUGUGUACUUUAAGUUACAACAAUCGUUUCACUCUUGACAGAGUGGUUGUGAUCGUCAUGUAGUGUUGGAGGGGGUAGACAUGACACAUCUCACAAUGUCUCACCAUGUAUCCCUGCUCGAGGCUUCUUAGGUAACAUAUCAUUGGUAAAGUAAUAAUAUUUCACCAUAAGAUUUAAGUUUCAGAUUGCAAUAGCUAAAACAGGAUGUUCCCAUAAGGUUUUAUUUAAAUAACAAAUCUAGUCUUAUAGUAAAAAAAAAGGAUCUAUUGUACUACCAAAAAACAAAAUAUUGAACUGUGCAGUAACAACAAAAAUAUGGUAUCUAGUUACUGGCUGCAAAUAGAUUUAAAGGUACUAAAGAAACCUAGGGCUUUAUUAAAAAUGUCUCAUUUUGUAGUUUUCAGUAUUCUUAAUAGUAUUGAAAAGCUACUUUAAUUAUAUAUGUAAGCUAAGAUAUUUCCAAUGUUUGUUUAUAAAAAGGUAUCAUUCAAUUAUUCAAAACUGUGUCACAAUCCUGAUUCACUGAAAUAAUUUUUCUUUCUCUUAGUUGGUAUUACUCUUGACAGAGUGGUUGUGGUCAUCACUUCCGGCAUUAGUGGCAACCUUCACAAAAAAGCAGUCACUCUCUCAAAUUCUAUAAUGUUACUUAUUAAGGUUUUUAAUUUAUUUUGCCCUAUAACUUUAAGACAUUGUAGUCCAUGAACGUGAAUAGUCCACAGCACGAUUUCCACUCUAGAAACAUGAUUUGAAAGUUUUCAAUAUGCCUGAAUAAUGACUAUCUAGGUACCCAUGAAACCGAAUCGUGUGUCUCAGUUAUAUCGGGUAUAGAAAAUAUAUCUGUAUAUCAGUCAGUAUAUAUCUGUAAGCAGUCCUAGCUCAUGCUAGUUAAAUUGUCAAAUGUAAGCAACAAUAGGUAUCAUGAAACGGAUAAGAGUUCCAAUGAAGAAGCAACUAUUCUAUUUUUCACCAGAAUUUCUAUUUGCUUGUUUCAAAGAGAACUCGUAAAAUGUGCUAUGCUAUCAAUAGCUAGAAGUAUCUGCUAUGAUUGAAACAAAAGGCUAGUGUUUGCGUAAAUAUUGUAUGGCCAUAUAUGUUUAUGCUGAGCAUCCAUUAUUGCUUGUAAUAUGGCAUCUAAUAUUUUUCCUAUGUAGUUUAAAGGUAUUAAUACUAAAACUAUUCAUAACUAUGUUGUUUUAAGAACAACAAGAAUUUGACGUUUGUUUAUAAUCAUUGAAUUAAGAAAAAGUUAAGGGAUCAAGGGAAGGGGAAGAAAAAGAGAAGGAUCAAAUUCAAAUUUCUGUUUCUGUACUGGUUUGAUACAGACUCAACUUAUUAACUUUAGUUGACAGUGGUCUCAGCUUUUCUGAAGCAAAGGGCACGAACAAUUAUACGAGUAGAAGUAUCAUCAGACUGUUCUACAAUAGGACUCUGAUAUGCUCCUCUCUGAUACUCAAAAUGCAUAAAAAAAAACUACUACCUGUUAUAUGUGGAUAAUAAAACAAUCCAAAUCUUCUUAAACGUACGUGCCAAGACUCUGGAGUGUUAUUAAAAUUCAAUUCGAUGAACCAAAUGCAAACGCAUGGACUACAGACAAGCAAAUAAUAAUUUUAUUUUCUAAGGAAAUUGAAAUUGUGAUAUUUUCUAUAAGUUCGCAACACAUUUUGUAGUGGGUUACAUGUUUCUAGCUACUUGUGAAUUAAAUUUAUACGUCCAACUGAAUUCUCACAAACAGAAGUUUAUCAUAAAUCUAGCAAGAUUAAUACCGAAGGAAAUCGAACUUGGACCACAUGAUAGUCAAUACCUUCUUAUAUUCUUUUUUUUAUUGCUUAGAUGGGUGGACGAGCUUACGGCCCACCUGGUGUUAAGUGGUUACCGGAGCCCAUAGACAUCUACAACGUAAAUGCCGCCUACCUUGAGAUAUGAAUCCCUAAACCGAAACGCGUUACUGCUUCACGGCAGAAGAAUUAUUCACAUUUCAUUAUAUCGGUGACUUAUUUUAGUUGAUUAAACAAUCUUAUUUAGCACUUAAAGGAACAGAAUUCGUUAAAUUAUCACUUUUAAGUGUCACUAAAGUUUACAGAUGGAUGUGUUGUCUAAAUAAGUAUAGCAGAAAAUCAGGAACAUUGUACAACUGUGUUCAGAUUGAUCUUCACUAAUGGUUUAUUCAUAAUGUUGCAUUCACGUUUCGCCCAAGUAAAUAUCAUCUAAUAAUAAUUAUAUAAAGCAUAAUAAUAAUAAGCUAAACUUUUCACAUCGGAAGUGUAUGAAAAUAAUCUGGCUAGAUUUAUUACAAACUUACAGUAUUUGUGAUCAUCCGGUUACAUAUUCAUUGUAGUUAUGUUAAUAGAUAUAGUGAGAUUAUUUAAAUUACCUAUGUGUAAUGUCUUUAAGACAAAGUAUUUUUGUUACUAAAUACUCUAAUAUUUAGACACGCCACAAGCUGGCACUUUUAAUGUUUAGCUGGUCCAAAACGUGUCUGCCAGAUCUGCAUUUGUAUUUUAAUUAUUAUAACCAAUAAAGAUUAAUACAUACGCA